UCCAGGUCCCAGAUACGAGUGCCAGGAUGACCGCCUCAGAGCCAGAUUCCUUUCAGAACUGCAUGUGCACCCGGAAUCCACUCACACUCCUAGAACUGGCGGGAAAGAGCCUUCUGAGGAACGAGUACUUGGCAAUCUCGGCUCUGGAGACUCUGCCUGCGGAACUCUUCCCUCCACUGUUCAUGGAGGCCUACACUAGCGGGUGCAAUGAGACCUUGAAGGCGAUGGUGCAGGCCUGGCCCUUUGCCUGCCUCCCUCUGGGGGGCUUAGCACCGAUACCUAACCAGAAGGUCUUAAAAGCUGUGCUUGGAGGGCUUGACCUCCUGCUUGCCCAGAAGGUUCGUCCCAGGCGGUGGAGGCUGCGGGUGCUGGACCUACAGAAUGCCAGUCAGAACUUCUGGGGCAUGUGGUCUGCAGCCACGGCCCAUGAGUGUCUGCGGGUGAGACCAGUGGCCGAGGACAGCUGCAGGAUGCAGGAGCCCUCGCGUGCCUUGACAGUCUGCAUAGACCUUUGUCUCAAGGAGAAGACCCUGGAUGAAGUUUUCACUUACCUCCUAAUGUGGACCGCACAAAGAAGAUCAUCAGUCCACCUGUGCUGUAAGACGCUGAAGAUAUUCUUGAUGACCCCACGACAUGUUAAGAAGGUCCUGAAUAAGGUACAGCCGGGCUGCAUCCUGAGGUUGGAGGUGGAGGACAUGAAGAAGUCCACCCUGUGCAUGUUCGCUCCGUACCUGGGCCAGAUGACUCAUCUGCAGACCCUCGUUCACCCUUUUAUCAAAGUGCCCGUCUGUGAGGAGGAAAAGCAGCAUGUUGCCCAGUUCACCUCCCAGCUCCGCAAGCUGCAUCACCUGCGGAAGCUCCACAUGCCGUUUGCGAUCUUCCUGGAGGACUGCCUGGAUGAGACGUUCAGGUGCCUGAGGGCCCCCUUGGAGACCCUCUCCAUAAACAAUAGCCAGCUUACAGGAAAGGACCUGGUGUGCCUGUCCCAGUCCCCGAGCAUCCGUCAGCUAAAGGAGCUGGAUCUGAGAAGUGUCACGCUGCUCUCUGUUAGUAUGAAGCCCCUGCAAGUCCUGCUGGAGACUGUGGCAGCCACCCUCCAGACCCUUAACGUGGAAAACUGUGAGCUCUUCGACACUGACCUGGAGGCCAUCCUGCCAGCUCUGAGACGCUGCCACCAGCUCCGGUCUUUAAAUAUCACCUGGAACUUCCUCACUAUGUCCGUUGUGCGGCAGCUGCUGCAGCACAACCCCAAGCUGGACCACCUGAGCCUGGGGGUAUAUCCUGACCCUCUGGACAUAUAUCCAUUUCGUGGGCUGGAUGACGAACAUCGUUUGAAAAUUGUACGGGAGGGAAGUGCCCAGGCUCAAGCUGAGCUACUGGGGAUUAUGAAGGACUUGGGACAGUUCUGGACGGUACGAUAUGAAGAGCCCAUUCAUCUUUACUGUGACAGGACAAUCGAUAAUUCAGGCCCCCUUACGUGCCCCUGGGAAUCGCCUGACUAGUUGAGCGCAUCCUCCAAAAGUUUCCCUCCGGGCACUUGGAAACUGUGAUCUAGCCUACAGGGAUAUGGGACCUAAAAAGGAUACAGACCCCCAAUUUCAGACAGUUGCUCCAUGUGCAUGGGGGCAGGACAGGUGAUUCAGAAUGGCAGGGUCGUGGGCAGAGCAACUGACCUGGGGAACUGCCGGGACCUUCAGAGACCUGUGUCCUCCAGAGGAAGAAAUGUGACUCUGCCUUUCUGCAGGGGGACUCGAGCCUGAGACUCACGCGUGGGAGUUAUCCCCGGGUGGAUGGUUGUAACGGAAGCAGGAAAUAAAGACCCUUGGUGUGUAACAAACAAACAAACAAACAAUUUUUUAAUAUUUGUUUUUGAGAGAGAGAGAGAAAGA